UGCCUUCCUAGUCUCAACUUUCAACUUACAAAACCCGAGGACAGAGUAUCGAGAACAAUCUAUGGCCACACUCAAAAUGGCGGAAAACCUCGAGCCAGCGACGCAGGGGACGCAAGCGGAAGCGGAAAUUGAGCGAUACUCCCCCAUUCCACCAUGGGCAAGAAGGGCAAAGUUGGCAAGAGCCGACGAGACAGGUUUUAUCACUUGGCAAAGGAGACGGGUUAUCGUUCCCGAUCUGCUUUCAAGCUGAUCCAGCUCAAUCGCCGCUUUCAGUUUCUGCAGAAAGCCCGAGCCUUGCUGGACCUGUGUGCUGCGCCAGGGGGAUGGCUGCAGGUAGCUGCCAAGUUUAUGCCUGUAUCCAGCCUUAUUGUGGGAGUGGACCUGGUUCCAAUCAAGCCUCUCCCCAAUGUUGUGACUCUCCAGGAGGACAUCACAACAGAACGUUGUAGGCAGGCCCUGAGGAAGGAGCUGAAGACCUGGAAGGUUGAUGUUGUGCUCAAUGAUGGGGCCCCCAACGUUGGGGCUAGCUGGGUUCAUGAUGCUUACUCACAAGCCCAUUUGACACUGAUGGCUCUACGUUUGGCUUGUGACUUUUUGGCCCGUGGUGGCAGCUUCAUCACAAAGGUUUUCCGUUCUCGUGACUAUCAGCCUCUGCUAUGGAUCUUUCAGCAGCUGUUCCGCCGUGUCCAGGCCACCAAGCCCCAAGCCUCUCGCCAUGAAUCUGCAGAGAUCUUUGUAGUCUGCCAAGGAUUCCUGGCCCCUGACAAGGUUGACAGUAAAUUCUUCGACCCCAAAUUUGCCUUCAAGGAGGUUGAAGUUCAGGCUAAGACCGUUACUGAAUUGGUGACUAAGAAGAAGCCAAAGGCUGAAGGCUAUGCUGAGGGCGACCUCACUCUCUAUCACCGUACCUCAGUCACUGACUUCCUCCGAGCUGCCAACCCUGUUGACUUCCUCUCCAAGGCCAGCGAAAUCAUGGUAGAUAAUGAAGAGUUGGCACAGCAUCCAGCUACCACUGAGGACAUACGGGUGUGCUGUCAGGACAUCAGAGUGUUGGGGCGCAAGGAGCUCAGGUCGCUACUAAACUGGAGAACAAAACUUCGGCGAUAUGUGGCCAAGAAGCUGAAAGAACAAGCAAAGGCACUGGACAUCAGCCUCAGCUCUGGAGAGGAAGAUGAAGGUAAUGAGGAGGACUCAACAGCUGGAACCACAGAGCAGCCCUCUAAGGAGGAGGAGGAGGAGGAACAACUGAACCAGACCUUGGCAGAAAUGAAGGCCCAGGAGGUGGCGGAAUUGAAGAGGAAGAAAAAGAAGCUGUUGCGUGAGCAGAGAAAGCAGCGGGAGCGUGUGGAGCUGAAGAUGGAUCUGCCUGGGGUUUCCAUUGCAGAUGAGGGGGAGACUGGCAUGUUCUCCUUGCGCACCAUCCGGGGUCAGCAGUUAUUAGAGGAAGUAACACAAGGGGAUAUGAGUGCAGCAGACACAUUUCUGUCCGAUCUGCCGAGGGAUGAUAUCUAUGUGUCAGAUGUUGAGGACGACGGUGAUGACACAUCUCUGGAUAGUGACCUGGAUCCAGAGGAGCUGGCAGGAGUCAGGGGACAUCAGGGUCUAAGGGACCAAAAGCGUGUGCGACUUACUGAAGUGCAAGAUGAUAAAGAGGAGGAGGAGGAGGAGGAGAAUCCACUGCUGGUACCACUGGAGGAAAAGGCAGUACUGCAGGAGGAACAAGCCAGCCUGUGGUUCUCAAAGGGCAGCUUUGCUGGGAUCGAGGACGAUGCCGAUGAGGCCCUGGAGAUCAGUCAGGCCCAGCUGUUAUUUGAGAGCCAGCGGAAGGGACGGCAGCAGCAGCUGCCACAGACACUGCCUUCCUGUUUGAAGACUGAGAUAAUGUCUCCCCUGUACCAAGAUGAAGCCCCUAAGGGAACAGAGGCUUCUUCAGGGACAGAAGCUGCCACUGGCCUUAAAGGGGAAGAAAAGGAUGGCAUCUCAGACAGUGAUAGCAGUAGUAGCAGUGAGGAAGAAGAGAGCUGGGAACCCGUCCGUGGUAAGAAGCGAAGCCGUGGGCCUAAGUCAGAUGAUGACGGGUUUGAGAUAGUGCCUAUUGAGGACCCAGCAAAACAUCGGAUACUGGACCCCGAAGGCCUUGCUCUAGGUGCUGUUAUUGCCUCUUCCAAAAAGGCCAAGAGAGACCUCAUAGAUAACUCCUUCAACCGAAAGCCUGGAAUGUUGGAUAUUGGACAGAUGUCCUUUCCACUCAGAUACACAUUUAAUGAGGAUGAGGGGGAGCUUCCGGAGUGGUUUGUGCAAGAGGAAAAGCAGCACCGGAUACGACAGUUGCCUAUUGGUAAGAAGGAGAUGGAGCAUUACCGGAAACGCUGGCGGGAAAUCAAUGCACGUCCCAUCAAGAAGGUGGCUGAGGCUAAGGCUAGAAAGAAAAGGAGGAUGCUGAAGAGGCUGGAGCAGACCAGGAAGAAGGCAGAAGCCGUGGUGAACACAGUGGACAUCUCAGAACGAGAGAAAGUGGCACAGCUGCGAAGUCUCUACAAGAAGGCUGGGCUUGGCAAGGAGAAACGCCAUGUCACCUACGUUGUAGCCAAAAAAGGUGUGGGCCGCAAAGUGCGCCGGCCAGCUGGAGUCAGAGGUCAUUUCAAGGUGGUGGACUCAAGGAUGAAGAAGGACCAAAGAGCACAGCAACGUAAGGAACAAAAGAAAAAACACAAACGGAAGUAAGCAGAGCUGCCAGGCUCCCAGGAGAGCACGGGGACUAGGAGGAAGGGUGUGGCGUGGCUCAGUCUGGCCCCCUUGAUUACCAGCCUAGCCCCUGCUCCCAUCACAGCUGUCUGAAGAACAGUGAGGUGGAGUGCCUAGAAUUCGCGUGGUGGUCAUGAGCAGAGAGGAUGUCCUCCUGCCUGCCUGAAGUAAGGUCUCCCAUGAAAGCACUGCUGAACUGUGUUGACAGACCCAUGACCCUUUUUUUAAACCGUUAAAGGGAAGUUUGAUGUUGGAGCGAUACUCAAUGUAGUCAGUCUACACCUGGACGUGUGGGCCGCUUAAGCCCUCCCCCAUCCUAUUCCUGAAUAAAACCAGGAUAAUGGAA